AUGGAUAGAAGGUGUAUUCAUUGGGAAAAUUGGAAAACGGUGUGUUUGCCGGUAGCUAACGGAGGUUUGGGUUUGAUAAGGAUUGAAGACUUUAAUGCGGCCCUUAUUAGCAAGUGGAAAUGGAGAAUAUUAGAGGAGUCCGCGAUUGAGAAGGAUCUCAAGGAGGAAGUUUUUAAUGAUAGGUGCUGUUUUGAGGUGGGAAACGGUUUCUCAAUACCGUUUUGGCAAGCUUCUUGGUUGAAUCAUGGAAAGAUAAAAGACAUGUUUCCUUCUUUGUUUUCAGUUUCAUUAUUACAGGAUGUCUCAAUUGCGGCAACGGGAGGAUGGUCCGGCGGAACUUGGAGGUGGGGAGACCUCGCUAUCGGUCCCGCCCUGCUGCUGAAUGGCAGUGCUGCAGCAGCCUGGCAGCAACUUCCAGCCUCGGCUGUGCAGUCAGAAGAUAGUGUUGUGGCUGCGAUGCUGCAAAUGUCCCAUCAACAUCCAGAACUGUCCGUAUGGCCGAUCAAUCAAUUUGAUGUUGCACUAGUGAAAGUAUGGAAGAUGGGUGUUCCUAUUAAAAUUAAAGUUUUCGGAUGGCGGAUUUUCUCAAAUAUUCUUCCUACUUACGAUCGCCUAGCUUCUAGAGGUAUGCACCCUUCUUCUUUCUCUGUUUGUGUUUUUUGUGAAAAUGUUGAAGAAUCCUCUAUUCAUUCUUUCUUACUAUGUGGUUCCUCUUCUCUUAUUUGGAAAGAAUUGACAAUGUGGAUUGGGUUAGAAGAAUUCAGUUUGAAUGAUUUUAAGGAAAGCUUUUUACAAUGGACAACUUUUUGUAUGUCUAGAAAGGUUAAGAAAGACAAGGAGAGAGUUAUUUGGUUGGCUCUAUGGUUGACUAUUUGGACGGUUAGAAACGGUAUUGUUUUUAGAGGAGACACGUGGAAUAUUUCGGAUAUUGUGUGGGAGAUUAAAUAUUUGGCUUGGAGAUGA